AGACUCUGAUUUCCAUGGGGAUGGUGCAGCAACUCGUGUCUCUCCUCAGAACGGAUCACAGCCCCUUCCAUGAGCACGUGCUCGGCGCCCUCUGCAGUCUGGUUAGCGGGGACCCCCGGGGCGUGGCGGGAGUGCAGGGACCCCCAUCUGAGGCUGGAGGGGCUUCUGAAGGACCGAGCGACAGAACUGAGGGAGAGGGAGGAGUGUCAGGAGGAGCUGGAGUUCUGUGAUCGAUUGCUUCGGACUUGCUUCGGAUCUCAGUCUGAGGACAGCGGAAUGGAUCGCUGAUUCACCGAGAAGCUCAUUGGCUCCUGAGUGUUCCGUGCUCUCUGAUUCGUUCACAGAUGCGUUUUUGUGUUUUGUUUUGUUUUUUUCCCCCAGUAUGUUUUUCUUUUUUUCAAAUAAAAACUUUAAUAAGUUUUUGAAAACUUAAAGAGAGAAAGUCAAGUCAGCAGAGAAACGUUUUAAUGCCUUCGUCAUCCAGAACUUCACUGGAUCAGAAACUCCAAACCAGAAGAGACUGAGAGAGAAAGUCAAGUUAGCAGAGAAACGUUUUAAUGCCUUCGUCAUCCAGAACUUCACUGGAUCAGAAACUCCAACCAGAAGAGACCGAGAGAGAAAGUCAAGUUAGCAGAGAAACGUUUUAAUGCCUUCGUCAUCCAGAACUUCACUGGAUCAGAAACUCCAAACCAGAAGAGACCGAGAGAGAAAGUCAAGUUAGCAGAGAAACGUUUUAAUGCCUUCGUCAUCCAGAACUUCACUGGAUCAGAAACUCCAAACCAGAAGAGACUGAGAGAGAAAGUCAAGUUAGCAGAGAAACGUUUUAAUGCCUUCGUCAUCCAGAACUUCACUGGAUCAGAAACUCCAAACCAGAAGAGACUGAGAGAGAAAGUCAAGUUAGCAGAGAAACGUUUAAUGCCUUCAUCAUCCAGAACUUCACUGGAUCAGAAACUCCAAACCAGAAGAGACCGAGAGAGAAAGUCAAGUUAGCAGAGAAACGUUUUAAUGCCUUCGUCAUCCAGAACUUCACUGGAUCAGAAACUCCAACCAGAAGAGACUGAGAGAGAAAGUCAAGUUAGCAGAGAAACGUUUUAAUGCCUUCAUCAUCCAGAACUUCACUGGAUCAGAAACUCCAAACCAGAAGAGACUGAGAGAGAAAGUCAAGUUAGCAGAGAAACGUUUUAAUGCCUUCGGAAUUUAUAAUAAAUCUUAGUGAAAAUUUUACAAAAUUGAAUAAAUAUAAUGUAAAUAUAA